AUGGCCAAAGCUCCAGAUCAGUCCAAUAAUUCAAGCGGCAAUAAAGUGAACUCCUUCAUUCUCCGAGUCAAAGAAAUAGUAAGGGAACGGAAAGAGCUAGUUAAGGAUGAAAAGAUCCCUGUCUCCAUCUUUCGCGUUCCUAAAUCUCUGAGUGCCAUGAGGCCGGUGGCCUAUGAGCCUCGGCUCAUUGGGCUAGGGCCGUUUCACCAUUGCCACUCCGAGCUCGUCGGCAUGGAGUGCUACAAGCUUUUCGUCAUAGAAGCUUCGAAGCUGUUCGGUCACCUUGGUGAAUUCGAACAACUUGUGAAGAAGCUUUGCGAUCUCCAAAUUAAGGGUCGAGUCCGGUUAUCCUACUACAACUACUUGGACGAUAUCGAAGACGAGACUCUGGUCUGGAUCAUGGCCAUCGAUGGUACGUUCUUGCUCGAGUUCCUCAGUAACUAUGUUCUCAUGAAUGGUAACAAGCCGAAUGCAACUCUGACGGCUCAUCUAAUCGACUACUUGGGGAACAAACUGGCCCACCACUCGAUCAUUGCAGACAUAAUGAUGCUCGAAAACCAAAUCCCCAUGUCUUUUCUCAAGGAGAUCUUGUCAAUCCGGUGCUCGUCUGAUGAUGAACAACUUAACCAGAAAUGGGGUACUGGCCUCAUAGAAUUCUGUAAAAAAGUUGCUCCAUUGAAACUGCCCAAGAAACCUGACUACCAGAAUAUCUCAGUCUUCGGUUCUCAUCAUCAUCUGCUCGACCUAUUGUACAAACUGGCCGUGCCCUCAUCGAAUGUUUCCAACAAUCAAGAGCCCAGAAUUGACGGGAGUGCCUUGGAUAGUUCAACUAAUGAGUCGACCACCGGAAGCGGCCAAAGACCACGCCCUACGAAUGCAAGCCAAAAUGUUCAGGUCUGUAUCCGACUCUGGGAAGCCAUAGACAAUCUCAAAUUUGGCCGGGUGAGUAAAGUAACAAAACCUAUGAGGGCUAUGGCUGGAGUCCCUUGCAAUUUUCUGUUUAAAAUGGCAACAAAAAACCUAAAUAUCCCAGGUCUGGAGACUUCGGGGGAUGAGGAAGACCACAGGCCCUUAGUCGAUGAAAUAUUGAUGCCCUCUGUAUCACAACUUAUUGACGCUGGAGUUGAAUUCAAGCCAGCCGAUGAUAUAUCCAGCAUCCGGUUUGACAAAAAAACCAGAAAAUUCUACCUCCCUGUCCUUAAGCUGGACGUGAAUUCCGAGGUUAUAAUCAGGAACAUGGUAGCGUACGAGGCCGCCAUUGUCUUGGACUUUCUUGUUUUCGCUCGAUUCAUUGAGCUGAUCAAUGGGAUUAUAGAUACAGCCCAGGAUGCAAUUUGGUUGAGGAAGAAAGGGAUCGUCUUGAACAGCUUGAAGAGUGAUCAAGAUGUUGCCGAUCUCUUCAAUGGGCUGAGCAAGCCCAUUCGGCUCUCGCAUUAUAAUAACAUUGAUAUAGCCAUUAAAGAAGUGAACCACUACUACAAUAACACAAGGAAGGUCCGAGUAUACAAUUUCAUGAGGAAGCAUGUCUACGAAUCUUGGCGGUUUCUCUCAGUUGUCGCUGCUCUCUUGCUCUUUUUCCUGACGGCCAUACAAUCAGUGUGCUCGGUUUAUAACUGUUCUCGGGCUGUAAAGUUUGACUUGGAAACCUGA